AUGGCGAUGGCAUCACUAUCUAAGAUGCUAACCACAACACUCCUCCUUACGAUCCUCUCUCUAGCCGCCGACAACGGAACAACAGCAGCAGCAACAGCAGGGGUGGAAGCAGCAGCAACAGCAGGGGUGGAAGCAGCAGCCACGUGGUGCGUGGCAAGGAGCGACGCGAGCCAGGCGGCUCUGCAAACGGCGCUCGACUACGCGUGCGGCGAGGGAGCCGAAUGCGCGCCGGUCCGGCCGUCGGGGCCGUGUCACCUUCCGAACACGGUGCAGUCUCACGCUUCGUACGCGUUCAACAGCUAUUACCAGCGGAAAGGCAGUGCUCCCGACAGCUGUGACUUCGGUGGCACGGCAACCGCUUCAAAGACCGACCCGAGUUAUGGGUCUUGUGUUUAUCCAUCGUCUCCAAGGUACGCCACUCCUUCGUCGUCAUCUUCUCCGAUUGGAAGUGGCUUGUCUGCAGCCAAAGUUUCAACUGCAGAGAUGCAGUCUAAGUCCUCGCCUAACGGUAGGGGUAGGGUUGAGCUCUCGCGGCAGUUUGGUUCGGUUUUUGCACCUUAUAUCUCUCCGAUGGAGUGGCCAGCGGCGGGCUUGGUGGUUGCCAGUGGCGGAUGUGCGGUGAUGUUGGUGAUUUCUGUCUGGAUGGCGGGCGGCGGUGGUGGGCAGCUGUUGGUAGAAGUUUUGCGCUUAUUGUUUUAUUCUGGGUUAGGUUUCUUUUUUGCGCUAAUUGUUUUAGUUGGACAUUUUAGGCCUACAGAUGUUUAG